AUGAACGAGGGAGAGCCCCAGUUACGUCAGAAGAAAAUCAGCAAGGCUAUGAUGGCUUACAUUCAGAGAGCAAGGGAGUAUGAGGAUUUCAUGCAGAAAGAAAGUAAAGAAUACGAAAUCGGGAAGAGACAUCUCGCCAAUAUGAUGGGGCAACCUGCCGAGACAUUCACCCAGGACGACGUGAACGCUGCCAUCAAGUAUCUGUUCCCCUCUGGCUUGUACGAGCCAAAAGCCAGGCCAAUCAUGGAGAAUCCAAACAAGAUAUUUCCACCGAAGAAGUCUGCCCAGUUCGACGACCAGGGGAGGCCUUUCCACUUCCUCUUUUACACUAUAAUACCGAAUUAUUAUCAAGCCCUUUACGACAUGGUGGAGCACCUGGAAAAAGUGGAUAAAAUACAGGAUGACGAGAUACGUCAGGGGCUGCAGCCGACCCCCGAGAAUAAAGCUGACCUCCUGUCGUCCUCUUGGUUAUCCCAAGCUGACUUGGAGAAAUUUUUCCUCGAGCCUCUGAUGGAGAGACAGUACAAUUAUUUCGUGGCAUCUGCGGAGAGACUCGCCAAUCACCCAUAUUCCGCUGUCUGCAGGGAUUUCCUCGUGCAAUUUAGGAGAGAGCAUAAGGCAGACGUCUCCGGGCUGGUGAUUCCCCCCAAGCCAGGAAGCAAACAGCAACAGCUCAGGUAA